AUGGUUGUGGGAACGGUUUUCCGUCGAUUCGUCUCCAGUCAGGCGUCAGCUUUGACGAAACGCAAGCGAUUUUAUAAGGAAGUUUCGAUUGUGAACGAAUCCGAGGCGAAUGGCGAGCAAAUCCACAAAAUCACUCUCGACGGGAAAACUCUCAAAACGCAAGGCGGCUCGAUUUUAAAGAUACACUCGUAUCCGUUGGCACUGGCGAUUGCCGAGGAAUGGGCGUCACAGAAUGAAUACCUGCAGUUGGGACAAAUGCGCCUCACCGGACUCGCGUUCACCGCGCAGGAUAAUCCACUUCAACAGUCGACCGAAUCGAUCACCAACAAGGUGAUCGAUUACGUCGACGGCGACACGGUGUUGUUCUUCAACGCGGACAACGAGAAGCUUCACAAAUAUCAAACCGAAAAAUGGACACCCCUUAUUCGGAAUAUCAAUGAGGAUUUGGGCAUCAACAUUCGGCCGAGUGAAUCGAUUUUGGAUUGCGACGUCGCUUCCGACGACGACAGAACGAAAAUCGAGCGCUGGGUUCGCCAGCACAAUCUGCCGGCUCUCAUCGGUCUUCAGUACGCCACCGAAUCGGUGAAAUCGUUUCUGAUCGCCUACAACGCGAUUCGUCAUCAUAUCACCGCUGAGGCGGCCGUCGACGCCGCCACUCUCGAGCAAGUCACCCAAUCCGAAACGUGGGGCUCCGUCGAAUGGAGUCACGGCAUCGAUCGACAGGAGCUGCUCUCUCGUCUCACCGCCGCGUGCCUCUUCUUCUAUUUCCAUUCGAACAAUCAAAUCGAGAAGACCGUCGGUAAAUUGAGCGCCUUUAAUUAG